GCCGCCCCGCUUUCCCCUCAGGCGCUGCUACUCCCGCAGCCCGGGUCGCCCCGCGCGGCACCGCUGCUGUGCGCCGGAGCUGUCCGGAAGCACCGAGAUGGAACCGCGGCACGAGCGUCGCGGUGCUGAGGACAGAGGCGCCGGAGCUGGGGGAACGCAUUCUCCUGCAGAAGCUGGCAGCCCGAGGCUUGGAUGGGUGCACUCUCGGCUGGGUGAGGAGCUGGCUGGAGGGCCGAGCUCAGAGAGUGGUGGUGAAUGGAGUGAAAUCCAGCUGGCGACCGGUCGUGAGUGGUGUUCCCCAGGGAGCCUUAAGCCCGUCUGUCCCAGGCGUCUUGAGCUGGUCUCCGUCAUAUGGUGCCGAAACCCGGGAAUCUCGGACUCCAUAUGACAAAGGCGUCGCUUCCUCCCACGAGCCGCGGUUGGUAAGUUGGAAUAGGGAGGUAAGGACUAGGGAAUUGGACAGAUUGUUAAAUAAAAUGGGACAAGCUGCAAGUACAGAACGAGGCAUUUUUUCUGCAAUGCUGAAAUCAUUAUUAGUUGCCCGAGGAGUAAAAGUGACUCGGGGUCAGAUUAGUCGUUUUUUAGAUUUUAUAGAGGAAGUAUGCCCCUGGUUUCCCAGGGAUGGAACUAUUAAUAUUGAAACUUGGAAUAAAGUAGGCGAAAGACUCCAGGGCUAUUAUGCUGUGCAUGGUCCUGAGAAGGUACCUAUUGAUACCUUUACACUUUGGACUCUAAUAAAAGAAUGUCUCAGAGGAGACACAGGAGAUGAGAAGUGGCAGCGGACCACUCGCUCAACAGAAAAGUUAUAUCCUGCCUUGUCGCGAUCAAAAUCUCUUGAUCAUAUCCCUUUGUCUAUGCCAUCGGCACCCCCACCCUCCCCUCCCCAGUAUGAGCAACCUUUGAUUUGUAAAUUAGCAAACGACUUGCCGCCUUGUAAACCUCCUAGCACUAACAUAACAAAGGAUAUUUUACCCCCUGAUGACUGGGGAGAAUUAGAAAAAGAGGCUGCUGAAUAUCACCAUAAGGAUUUAGCGGCUGUAUUCCCAGCGUUACAGGCUGCUGGUGCCGCUGUGCAGACACAACAGAUAGUCAAUCAGGCUCGAUCAGAUCCCCUUGCUGUUUCACCUGCCUUUCGAGCAGGGCGAAUGCCUCCCCCGCCUGGAGUAGAUGCUUUGCUUAUGCAACAAUCCCCUAUGCAAUUAGCAUUAAAAGAAGCUAGGAAAGCUGGGGAGACAAUUGAUGAAUUUUCUGGGCAACUUUUUCCGUCUCAAGUUUUCCCUGUCAUACAGUGUCAACUUGCAAACGGUGGCAUUCUGAAUGAUUAUGAGCCUAUUCCUUUUAAACAACUGAAAGAGCUUGAAGCUGCUAAUAUUCUUCCCCCUUCUGACUGGAAAAGUUUGGUGAAGGCUGUGUUAAGUGGAGGUGAAUAUUUGCUUUGGACUUCCGAAUAUGCGGAACGGUUCUUCUUGUGCCCCUUUAUUACCAGUUCCUCAUUUUGGAGUGAACCCCAGAGGAUUAAUGCCUAAUGAUUUAUGGCAGAUGGAUAUCACGCAUGUACCUUCUUCUGGAAAAUCUUCUUAUGUCUAUGUAACAAUUGACACUUUCUCUCACUUUGCAGUAGCCCUCAGACUUGUCUGGUGAAAAACUCUCUCAUGUAUGCAACCAUCUUUUGCAUUGUUUUAGCGUUAUGGGAACACCGAAAUCAUUAAAAAACGAUAACAAGACAGCUUAUGUAAGUAGCAGUUUUGCAACCUUUUGUCGACAUUUUAAAAUUUACCAUAAAACUGGAAUUCCAUAUAAUCCAGAAGGCCAAGGUAUAGUAGAAAAAUUUAAUCAUUUAUUGAAAACUCAACUAAAGAAAAUAAAAAGGGGGACAUGAGGAAUUAAAGAUACUCCGUCCUCUAUGUUAUCACAUGCAUUAUUUGUUUUAAAUUUUUUGACAUUGGAUGAUAAUGGAAAAUCGGCUGCUGAUAGACACUGGAGUAAUAAAAAGAGAUAAACCAAUGGUAUAUUGGAGAAAUCCAAUGGACGGUAAAAUUUAUGGUCCUGAUCCUGUACUAAUUUGGGGCAGAGGAUAUGUUUGUUUUUUCCCUACAGACGAAACCUCACCAUGGUGGAUACCGGAGAGAUACGUCCGUCAUGCCGAAAAACAAAGAUGGGAGAACUGCGAAGGAAGAUUCAGAGACUGACUCUAACCCAGACGAAUCCAUUGUGUGAACAAAUUAUAAUGCAGCAAGAUUGGGAUACCAAUGUUUCAACAGGAAUUCAUUGGGCUCUGAAUUUUCUCUAUAUAGAUUUAGCUAAUGGGACAAGAGGUUCUGGAACACCUCCCUUAAAUUUUCCUUUAUGUCAAAGCACAAUCACUCCAAAAACAGAAUUUGCACCUUUAUGGAGAGCAUGUCGAGCUAACGAAACAGUGUGCAUUGAUUCCACUAUCUGUGAUUGGAAUAUGAUAGGAAAUCAAGGGCGACCAAUUAAUUUGGUCUCAGGAAUUUGGACAAAAAACAAUCAUACGUUCUAUUCUAAUUUAUGGAAAGCAGUCGCAGCCAUGGAAAAAAUCAAAGCAAAACGAUUAAACUUGACUUGGAUUCAAAUAAAUAAUAAAUGGGCAAUGACUGCAGAGAGUUAUACAACUGAGUUUUAUAUGCGAGCUUGUGUUCCAGAACCUUAUGCCUUUUUAAGCGGACCACUGAAUAUUGUGAAUAGCAUAGUGAGUUGUACCGAUUGUGUAAUCUCUAAUUGUCUUAAUAGUAGCAGUAGUUCCUUCUUGUUAGUAAAGCAACCUGAUUAUGUCUAUCUUCCUGUAAAUUUGACACAUUAUUGGUAUGCUGAUAAGGGAAUGGAAAUUCUCCAAGAAACUUCUUUGCAAUUAAUAGAGAGAUCUAAGCGAAUGGUCGGAUUAAUAAUAGCCGGAAUAGCUGCGCUCAUUGCUGCCAUAGCAGUAACAACAGUAGCUUCUAUUUCUUUAACAACUAGUAUUCAGACAGCAGCUUAUGUUAAUGAAUUAUCAAUUAAUGUAUCUAAAGCGUUACAAAAUCAAGCUACUUGGGAUGAAAAGAUUGAACUGCGUCUCAAUUCCUUAAAGGAUACAGUAGACAUCCUGGGAAGACAGUUACAAAUUAUAGCUACUCGUGAAUCUCUCUUAUGUCAUGCAGAAUACCGAGCUAUCUGUGUGACUCCUGUUGAAUACAAUAAUACCAAAUUCUCUUGGAAUAAAAUACAAGAUCAUCUUCAAGGCAUAUGGAAUAAUGCGAACACAUCAUUAGAUCUUAGGGAAUUGAGACAGCACAUUCACGAUAUGAUACAAUCGCACCAUAUAGAUCUUUCAGUAGCAGCUCAAACUACUACAUUUAUAAGCGCUCUAAAAUCUGCAUUUUCGUCCUUCAAAUCAUUUAGAAAUGGAAUUUAUGGGCUGAUAGUCAUUGCCAUAAUGAUAAUAAUAGGAAUUCUUGUUUGUCCAUGCUUGAUGAAAAUGAUAACAAAUAAACUCCAAAAUUUGCGUAUAAAUCUUAAAAAAUUGGAAAUGGAAAACACAAAAAACAAACCACCACCACCCCUGGUCUAAUAAAAUAGAAAAGGGUGGAAUGAGGAAGACUGUUAAGCAAAACAGACCUGGCUGGCCUGAAAGGGUCAAACAGGGAACACGCAGCCCCUCCUGAAAGGGAAGGACUGCCAUGUGUAACAUGCGGCCCUUCCUGAAAGGGAAGGACUGCCACGUGUAACAUGCGGCCCCUCCUGAAAGGGAAGGACUGCCAUGUGAAACCAGCAAGCAUAAUUAACAGCUUCUUCGUUCCAUGACCAAGAGCAGAACAUGUUCUGUGGAGAGAACACCUUUUGAUCACUGUACUGAUCAUAAUACAAAGAGCUAACUAACUAAUGAUGUAUUGCUGUCAGCCACAUGAAUGUUAUCUGAUUUAAGUAUUGUAUACUCCUGUAGCUAAAAGAUAUAAAAACUCUGUAACAACAAUAAACUUUGCUUUUGCGCCA